CCUUCCUGCCACUCCGGGUAGCAUCUGGGCCCUCAGCUCUCCCUCGUCUACUGGUCCCUACAACACCGCUGGCCCCAGGGAUCCCAGCCCAGGAGGACGAAACGCUGAGCCUAGAGACAUGAGAGUCCAUGGAGCAUUCCACCUUCUGCUCGUGUGCCUGAGCCCAGCACUGCUGCCCGCUGUGCGGAUCGGUGGGAAUGCAAAAGAAGUCCUGAACCUGGCAGAAGGUGACAGCGUGAGACUGAACUGCCCCUACAUCCUGGACCCUGAGGACUCUGGUUCUGAUGAGCUGGGCAUUGAGUGGAUGCAGGUCAACCCAGAACCCUCACGUCGGGAGAAAGUGUUCCUUAGUUACGGGGACAAGAGGGCCAACCAUGGCGACCUCCCCGAUCUGCAGCAGAGGGUCCACUUUGCAGCCCCAGAUCCCAGCCAGUACGAUGCCUCUAUCAACCUCUCGAACCUGCAGAUAUCCGACGCAGCUAUCUAUGAGUGCCGGGUGAAGAAGACCACCGUGGCCACCCGGACGGUCAUCAUCACUGUCGCAGCACGGCCUGUGGAGCCCAAGUGCUGGAUGGAGGGCCACAUGUCAUACGGCCACGACGUGGUGCUGAAGUGCUUCGUCAGUGGGGGCAGCCCGCCUUUCACCUACAAGUGGAACAGGAUCAGGUGGAGCGCCCACCCCUACCGUGCCAGUUCCUACCAGUCCCAGGACACCUUCCAGUCUGAGUUCUCCUACGACGAGUCCUUCAGCUCCAUAAGUCAAGUUUCAGGCAUGAGCCACGGUGAGCUGGUGUUGCUGCAUCUCUCCCACAAGGAUAAUGGGCUGUACCAGUGCACAGUGGCCAACCAUGCAGGCCACAGCGUAUGUGUGGUGGAGGUGAAGGUCUCAGGAGUCGCGCACAUAGGAAUAAUCAUUGGCAUAGUGCUGGGCUGUUUACUCUUGCUGGGUUGCCUGAUGUUGGGCAUCUGGGGGCUCGUCCGCUGCUGCUGCAGGGGGCCCCGCGGUGCCUUCUGCUGCCGUAGCCAGGUCCGCAGAAAUGCCUGCUGCGACUUGCCUAAUGAUAUCAGAGAGGACGACGUGGCGCCCGGGUGCAAGGCCAAAAGGCGCGGCAGCAGCGUUACCCACAUCUUGGGGUACCCGAUGCAGAAGAUCAGGCACUCUCUGAGCCUCAAAUACGCGCCUCCUCACUGCGAAGGCCCCGAGGACUUGGCCCUGGCGUCCAGCGCCGCCGCCGCCGCUCUAGACUGCAAAGCGGACCAGUCCCGGGUCUACGUCAAGGUCCAGAGUGCAGAGCCAGCCGCCUGCGCCGCCGAGGGGCCGCUGCCGUGCAAGGAUGGCCUCCUGGUGUGAGCGCGCGGCGCCCGGCUCCUGCCCGGCCAGGAGGAGGGUGCGGGCUCUUUGCCUGCACCUGGGGACGCGCUCGGGCCGGCGCCGACCUCGUCUGCCUAGGGCCGCCUGGCGGCAGGGGGCCUGGAAGAGUUUCCCUCGGGAGCUGAGUUGGGCGGCUGCGCCUCCUCCCCUAAAGGGGGAGGGGGAGGGAAUAGAGACCAUCUCGGCCCUCUCCGCAUCCCCGCGGCCCUGAGGCUCGGGCAGAGGGAGGGAGGAGGAAGUGUCCGAGAGCGCUGGAGGCCGGAGACCAGGUGUCCCCAGCCAAGGAAGAGAGACCCGGGGGCCGGGUGGGUGGGGGUCUGGACUGAACUGUGCGUGUGAGGCCUGAGCUCCGAGACGGCAGUGUUAGCACAAUAAAGAAAAUGUAAGACUCGAGACUGAGGUGACUGUGGUUCCACGGCGGGUUGGGCAUGGGGUCAGGGUGGUGGGCCCUGCUCAGGGAUGUGGGGGGGGCGUUGCUCCCUCUGUCGUCCCGCAUCAUUUCUGCACCAUUUCCCCCCUCCCCCUCCUUAGAUCGGGAACAGUUAGAGCUGGAAGGGGCUGUCUAAUCCUAUUCCUUCCCUAUGCAGAUGGGGAAACUGAGACUCCUCAGGCUUGAUUUUAAAUCCAGAAUCCCACUUUUCUCUUUUAUUCCAGAAAUCAAAAGAAAGGAAACAAGGCUACCAGCGUGAUGUCCCGGUGUGGAAUCGUGAGAAAUGUGCAGUAACACACCAUCCCUGCCGAAGUAAAUAACCUCAAGACCUGAGACAAUCAUGAACUAUAGAAACUAAUUAGGAAGGGAUGAAUUUUGAGUACUUAUCUCCUGUGUCUCAGAAGAAUUCACUUAACUGUAAAUUGAUAUAGUUUAAAUUUUAAUAAUGGCAGCAUUUAAUGAUUGGCUUGCAAAACUUAGGCAGACCACGUACGUCCCCAAGCAGGCAGAAGGCUGUAUACACAAAUGUUGCUUCAAGAGAGGGAAUCUUGGGGCUUCCCUGGUGGCGCAGUGGUUAAGAAUCUGCCUACCAAUGCAGGGGACACGGGUUCGAGCCCUGGUCAGGGAAGAUCCCACCUGCCGCGGAGCAACCAAGCCCGUGCGCCACAAUUACUGAGCCUGCGCUCUAGAGCCCACAAGCCACAACUACUGAGCCCACAAGCCACAACUACUGAGCCCACAAGCCACAACUACUGAGCCCACAUGCCACAACUACUGAAGCCUGCACACCUAGAGCCCGUGCUCUGCAACGAGAGAAGCCACUGCAAUGAGAAGCCCGCACACUGCAACGAAGAGUAGCCCCAGCUCGCUGCAACUAGAGAAAACCUGCGCGCAGCAGCAAAGACCCAACACGGCCAAAAGUAAAUAAAUAAAUAGAGAGGGAAUCUUAA